GUCGCUAUAGCGUGAGCACGUACGUGAGAUGGCAAUGCUGAACCACACAAUACACAUGAAUAUGUCAACACAGACAGCACCGCUUAUAAAUACCAAAGCUUAGCGCAGACGCUCUAGGUGAAAAAAAGAAGAUUGGAUAUGGCAGCAAACGGGAGAAGGAAGAGCGUGAGCGGAAGCUUGGUGAAGCCGCCCCCGCCAAAGGUAGGGAAAAAGUCACUGCAUAGGUCCCUGUCAGACAUAUCGCUGGAUUAUCACAGAGAAGAAGAGAAAGGACUGGGGACGAUAGUGGAGGUAGAGAAGGCAAAGUGCGAGUGCUGCGGGAUGAGGGAGGAGUGCACGAUGGAGUACAUAGAGAGGGUGAGGGAGAAGUUCUUUGGGAAGUGGAUAUGCGGACUGUGCUCAGAGGCGGUGAAGGAGGAGAGGGAUAAGAGGGAAGAGGAAGGGCUAGAAGGGGCCUUGAAGGAGCACAUGAGCGCCUGCCUCAGGUUCAACAAGCUCGGGAGGGAGUAUCCGGCUCUCUUCCAAGCUGAUGCCAUGAGAGAUAUGCUCCGGAGAAGCACGAGGGGUCAGUCUAUUAUCCCUAAGCCCGCCAUUUCCCGUACUUCAAGCUGUAUUCCUGCCAUCACCAGGGACCUUAAUUAAUUUGUCUCUUCUAAUAUCUUAACGUUUAAUUUAGUCCCUAGCUAGCUAUAGCUACUAGUACUCUAAACACUCAUAUAUAUAUAUAUACUACAGUACUAAUUAAUAAAACUGAUCCAGAUAUCCUGGUCAAGCGUAAUAUAAGUUGUAUUUAAUUCCUAUGUAUUUUCGUUUCUUUCAAUCCAAAGGAACCAGAUACUUUUUUCUAUAGAAAUGAAGGGAUCAUGAACUGUCUAUAUAGAUUUGUUUUUUCGCUAUAAAUUUUCAAUUCAGAGGAAUAGAAUGGAUGUGGGAUGGGAUGAUCAAUGAUGGGUCCAUUCUUGCAAAUCUCUUAUUCAGGUGAACUCAUCAUAUAUAACCGCUAGUUUACCACCCGGCCGAGUGGACGACCUAUUCGUAUAUCUGUUAUGACGACACGUGUCAACUUUUCUUUGGCUGUAUCCCCUUUCCUUUAAAUUCUGUCUCCGUUGAAUUCCGGAUAUAUAGAUUUAAGUUUGUGACUCCUCAAAUUUCUCUUCUCU